UUGGCAGGGGGAUGGGUUGCGCUGUGCGGUAGUGGUCCGGGGGGCUAAGCGGCGCCCGGGGUGUGUGAGGGAGGGAGCGGGUAGCGCUGCGGGGCAAACAGCGCAGGAUUCCUCUCAACCACGUCUCCCCGUGUUGUGUCUGUGUACGACUGACGGGUCAUGGAGGGGCCCUCCCGGGAAGGUGACCUGCUCACUGUGACCCAUGAGCUCCGGAGCGCGAAUUUGACAGGACAUGCAGAGAAGGUUGGAAUCGAGAACUUUGAGCUCCUGAAGGUCCUGGGUACAGGAGCAUAUGGCAAAGUUUUCCUGGUGCGGAAAAUCAGCGGCCACGACUCCGGGAAGCUAUACGCGAUGAAAGUUUUAAAGAAGGCGACUAUAAUCCAAAAAGCCAAGACAGCGGAGCACACACGAACGGAGCGUCAGGUGCUGGAGCACAUCCGGCAGUCUCCAUUCCUCGUCACGCUCCAUUAUGCUUUCCAGACAGACACCAAACUUCAUCUCAUUUUGGAUUAUAUUAACGGAGGCGAGCUUUUUACGCAUUUAUCGCAGCGGGAGAAAUUCACAGAGAGUGAAGUACAAAUCUAUAUCGGGGAGAUUGUACUGGCCCUCGAGCACCUGCACAAGCUGGGAAUAAUUUAUCGGGAUAUCAAACUCGAAAACAUUCUCCUGGACUCCAGCGGCCACGUUGUCCUAACAGACUUUGGUCUGAGUAAGGAGUUUCUGUCGGAUGAGAAUGAAAGAACCUAUUCCUUUUGUGGGACCAUAGAAUAUAUGGCGCCCGAGAUCGUCAAAGGUGGAGAUUCUGGACACGACAAGGCUGUCGACUGGUGGAGUUUGGGGGUCUUGAUGUAUGAACUGCUAACAGGAGCGUCGCCUUUCACUGUAGAUGGAGAGAAAAAUUCACAAGCUGAAAUUUCUAAGAGAAUAUUAAAAAGCGACCCGCCCUAUCCUCAAGAAAUGAGCGAGCUGGUGAAAGAUCUUAUUAGAAGUCUAUUGAUGAAAGAUCCUAAAAAGCGCCUUGGCUGCGGUCCAGCUGGCUCCGAUGAAAUAAAGAAACAUCCUUUUUUCCAGACCCUGAAUUGGGAAGAUUUAGAAGCAAAGAAAGUCUCUGCUCCUUUUAAACCGGUCAUCAAGGACGAGCUGGACGUGGGCAAUUUUGCGGAAGAAUUUACAGAAAUGGAUCCCACUUACUCUCCAGCCGCUCUCCCCAUGAACGCUGACCGGAUAUUUCAGGGUUAUUCCUUUGUUGCUCCAUCCAUCCUAUUCAAGCCCAAUGCUGCCAUCGCAGAUGCUGUCCAGUAUCACCUUGGAACGGAGCGCCCAGGAGUCACAAAUAUUGCAAGGAGUGCUAUGAUGAAGGACUCUCCUUUUUAUCAGCACUACGAGCUCGAUCUGAAGGAGAAGCCGUUGGGCGAGGGCAGUUUUUCCAUCUGUCGAAAAUGUUUGCACAAGAAAACCAACCAGGAGUACGCUGUGAAAAUAAUCAGCAAGCGAAUGGAGAGUAAUACCCAGAAAGAAAUAGCAGCAAUGAAGUUGUCUGAAGGUCACCCCAAUAUAGUGAAGUUACAUGACGUUUACCAUGACCAGCUUCACACAUUCCUUGUGAUGGAAUUAUUGAAAGGAGGGGAAUUAUUUGAGCGUAUCAAGAAGAAGAAAUCUUUCAGCGAGUCUGAAGCCAGCCACAUCAUGCGAAAACUGGUUUCAGCAGUCAGCCAUAUGCACGACGUGGGUGUUGUACACAGGGACUUGAAGCCGGAGAAUUUGCUGUUCACGGAUGAAAGCGAUAACGCUGAAAUAAAAAUCAUAGAUUUUGGGUUUGCACGUUUAAAGCCACCGGAUAACCAGCCCCUUAAAACUCCCUGCUUUACUCUGCAUUAUGCCGCACCAGAACUCUUGAACGCAAGUGGCUACGAUGAGUCAUGUGAUCUCUGGAGUCUGGGGGUCAUUUUAUAUACAAUGCUGUCGGGUCAGGUGCCUUUCCAGUGUCAUGAGAAGACUCUGAUGUGCGUCAGCGCUGAGGAAAUCAUGAAGAAGAUUAAGCAAGGCGACUUCUCUUUUGAAGGAGAAAGCUGGAAAAACGUUUCUGAGGAGGCGAAAGAAUUAAUACAAGGGCUUCUUACUGUAGAUCCAAAUAAAAGAAUCAAGAUGUCGACCCUGAGGUAUAACGAAUGGCUUCAGAAUGGCAGCCAGUUAUCUUCCAACCCACUCAUGACUCCAGAUGUCCUGGGCUCAGCUGGAGCAUCGGUGCACACUCAUGUGAAAGCCACAUUUCAUGCCUUCAACAAGUACAAGCGGGAAGGUUUCCUCCUCCAAAACGUGGACAAGGCUCCACUGGCCAAGCGGCGGAAGAUGAAAAAAAACAGCACAAGCACAGAGACCCGGAGCAGCUCCAGCGAGAGCUCCCACUCCUCCCAUGGUAAAACCUCUCCGACAAAGACUGUGCAGCCACCCGGCCACAGCGACAGCAAUAACCCCGACACUAUCUUCCAGUUCACGGACUAGAGACACCCCAGAAGAGACCAGGAACGCGGCGGGGUGCCGUGCUGCAGAACGCCACUUGUGGGCUUGGAAGAAAUUAGCCAUUCAUAAGAACCAUUUGGUGCUGCAAGGGCUUAUGGGAGUUGGGGGGGGGGGGGCGAUAACUUUGGCAUGGAGGCACUAGCGAGUGAUGCUGUGAAUGCUCCCCUUUCCUUUCCUCUCCUGCCCAGAAAUGAGGCGUUUUAAGAUCUUGUAAGGGCUGUUGCGGACAAUCGCAUAUCUCGCCUUAAUUUACCCCGCGGCUGCUGGGAAGGCCUCCAUUUAUCACAAAAAAAAAGGUUUGACCUGCCCGCUGAGAAUGAGUGGUCACCCUGGGGGUGGCUUUUAUUUGCGUAUAUGAAACAGCAGGCCUAUGCAACCUUUGGCUUUCCAGCAGCAACCGGGGGCAUGCUUAGACCUGUAGUUCAACAACCCUCCCCCCUUUUAAUAUUUUGUACUGUGAAUGGUGGCACUGUCUUUGUGCUUGGCCUGUCAUAGUCCUUCAUUUCAAGUAGAGCCCAAACUAACGAGUUUCCAGCACGUAGCACUCAUUAUCCCCCUCUCCAGUUUUAAUCAGUUUUGUACAUGAUUAUUACGAGAACGCACUUGGACGCGGUUCAGGUGAACCCCGCAGGCGUCAGGCGGGGAGCAAUUAUUUUUUAAAUUGCUUUCUGUGAACUUUCAAGUGAAAUUUGCUCUGGCUUUUAGAACCUAAAGUCAAGAAACCGCAAUGUUUUAUUGGUCCGCUGAAGAGGUUUCCUCGCUUUUUAUUGUUCGGAGCGUUUUCCACUGAGUUUACUGCACUAGAUAUGGAAGUUCUUAUUGUGAGGGGGAGGGUUCAGGAUGUCGCCCCAUCCUGCCUCUUUUUAUACAUAGAUCAGACUUGAAGCUUUCUGUACUGUAGCGGGUGAGGGCAUCGUAGCAUCGGCUCAUGUCCUGCGACCCCCUGUUUGUGUAUCUUGUCCUAUCCGUGUCAUGUUUUAUGCAAUUAAUUGCAUUUUUUAGUCCACCCCCUUAGGUUUGGCUUAGAGCCAUUCUGUGAGUCCUGGCUUUUACGUAGCCUAGUCUUAGCGUUUUUCGGAAACGCUGUUUUUGUAAUUGAUACUGGAAGGGACUGCCUUGUGCUGUUUACUGUCGUUUUAACCUCAUCCUGGAUACGUUAGGGAUUUUGCAUACUGUGCACUUCUGCUUUUUUAUUGGGGCCUUCCUGAGGCCGAGAGGUAAGGUCUUAGAUAGACAAUUUGAGGGCGUGGCCGUUGUCAUGUGACUGGGAGCGCCGGGUUCCUCUUUUACGUAAAGCUGCGUACGAUUUUAUUAAACAAGCCGCAGCGGUGACUGGGUAGAAACCAUUGAAAGCGCCAGCGCCCAGUCUUCCUAUGGAGCUUAAUCGAUGCGUAAGGAACAGCGAGGGGGAGGGUUCAGGAUGUCGCCCCAUCCUGCCUCUUUUUAUACAUAGAUCAGACUUGAAGCUUUCUGUACUGUAGCGGGUGAGGGCAUCGUAGCAUCGGCUCAUGUCCUGCGACCCCCUGUUUGUGUAUCUUGUCCUAUCCGUGUCAUGUUUUAUGCAAUUAAUUGCAUUUUUUAGUCCACCCCCUUAGGUUUGGCUUAGAGCCAUUCUGUGAGUCCUGGCUUUUACGUAGCCUAGUCUUAGCGUUUUUCGGAAACGCUGUUUUUGUAAUUGAUACUGGAAGGGACUGCCUUGUGCUGUUUACUGUCGUUUUAACCUCAUCCUGGAUACGUUAGGGAUUUUGCAUACUGUGCACUUCUGCUUUUUUAUUGGGGCCUUCCUGAGGCCGAGAGGUAAGGUCUUAGAUAGACAAUUUGAGGGCGUGGCCGUUGUCAUGUGACUGGGAGCGCCGGGUUCCUCUUUUACGUAAAGCUGCGUACGAUUUUAUUAAACAAGCCGCAGCGGUGACUGGGUAGAAACCAUUGAAAGCGCCAGCGCCCAGUCUUCCUAUGGAGCUUAAUCGAUGCGUAAGGAACAGCUCUGCCGCUUUCAAAUAGAUUUUGUGCUUCACCUCCUCAGCAAUUUCAAGAUCUCUGUUGUCAUUCAGUGAAUGGGAACAUUCUGGUUUCCAUUUAGCGGCUGUGCAUGCACCUGCAGGUUGACUCUAGGAAAGCUACUGUACCUGUCUCUCUUGGACUCUAGCUGAUUGCUGUUAAAGGGGUUUUCCAAGAUUUUUUAUUUUUUACUGAUAUCCUAUCCUCUGGAACACCUGGGAACCCCGCCGAUCAGCCGCUUUGAAAAGGCAGCAGCGCUCCUGUGAGCACCGCUGCCUCCUCUCAGCUCACCGAGCACAGCGCCGUUACAUUGUAUAUCGGCUGUACUUGGUAUCUCAGCUCAGCCCCAUUCAAUUGAAUUGGACUGAGCUGCCCGUAGGCUACUUGAUCAAUGAGCGUGUCGUUACUGGCCUAAGAAAAGCAGAAGGAAGGCUGUGGCGCUCACAGGAGCUCCGCUGCCUUCUCAAACAGCUGAUCGACAGGGGGUUCCGGGUGUUGGACCCCCACCCAGCAGAUACUGAUGACCUAUCCUGAGGAGAGCUCAUCAGUAUAAAAAUCUCGGAAAAAAACGCUUUAACUGUGCCGAUAUGUUGGAAUAAAUAGCUGCUGUGGAUGGGUUUUCAACCUUUAGAGUGUUUUCAUUCAUUGACAGCAAGCAGAGAUCUAGAAAUCGUGAAGACAAAACUUGCAAGUUACAGAACUGUUAGCUGUGCGAAGAAUACGCUUGAUUUACUAAAGUCUAGGUAGCACCUUGGUGAAUGGACUUAAAGGGAACCUGUCACC